CCGGCGCUGUGGAUGGGCCGUAUGGGCGCGCUCAACGAAAUUAUGGCGUCGCCGUCGGGGACACAGGCUGAAGCCGGCACGUUUACGGAGCUGACCAAGACGGGCGAUGUGAUUAAUGUGUCGUUCACCGGGACCGACGUCGGCUCGUUUGCGCUGUACAUCACGUACCGACGAGAGAUUGUAGUGCCCGGGACGCAGGUCCUUAUCCAGCUGAUGGCAGGGCCUGUGGCGCCGUCGAAGUGCACGCUCCUCACGUCACUAGCCCAGGGUGCGAUCGAGGCCUCGUCGUUUUUGCCUCCAACUACUUUAUGACGGCACAGACACUCGAGCUCUUUCUCCACCUGCACGAUGCCGGUGGAUCUCUGUACGACGCCUCGCGGGCUGAGGCUGUACACUCGCUCGAGCAGCCGGUGCCUGCGCUCCCGCUCUCUGUCGUCACACCAUCGCCCAAGUUCUCGGUUAAGUUUGUCAAAGUGUGGUCAAACGCGGGCAUUGCGACACGCGACCCGUUCUCGGUGUGGCGGGUGGCGUUGCCGCGCGGGCACGUCCGGUUCGGCGACACGAUUGUGGCCGGGACGUCGCAGCCCAAGUUUGGCAUUCUGAUGGCUCCGGACUCGCCGGCGUUCCGGCACCCGCGCGGCUACGAGCUUGUGCUCCGCAUCCAAAAGGGCAUCAAGUCGCUGUGGAUCUGGCGGCCGAUUCCGCCUGACCCGAUGUUUGUGGCACUCGGCUACGUGGCGACGACGACGGCGUUUGAGCCGUCUGUCCGCGUGGUGCACACGGCGCACGCUCACGUGGUGACCGCCAUCGAGGUAGCGGCGCCGCCGAUCUGGACCGACGAGUUUGAGAGCGAGUACUCGACAGUCUCGUUGCACCGCGUCUCGCUCACUGGGCUGCUCACGCUCAACCGGCGGUCGCUGGAAGCGCAGUACUGGGGCACGCAUGUCAUGCCGCCCAAGGUGUACACCAUCAACGAGAACGCGGUGCUUCACUACAUUUCGCCGGAGCACAACUACGUGCCUGGAGCAUCGUCGCUGGCCGGGAUGCGGCGGUCUGUGUCUAUGGAGGCGACACUGGUGCGCCCGUCGGGGCGGCGGACGCGGCUGCCACUGGAGCGUGUGUACGACACGCUCGCGGUGUACUCGCUGCGGGUGGACUUGCCGUCGGACGAGAUCGGGCCCGCGCUGCUGGAGAUCAAAGUCGACGGAGUGCACAUUGCGCGGUCGCCGUUUGUGGUGUACGUCCACGACGUGUCGCCGGUCAACACGACGCUUGUGCUGAAGGACGGCGAGACCGGCGAGCCUGUGAGCUGGGAGCUGGCGGACAUGGACGACUUUACAGGCAGCCCGAUUUCGGACUUGCUGCGGACGCCGCAACUUGUGGCGGGCAAGUUGUACCAGGCAGACGUGAUGCUGCGGGCAAAGGACGGACGAGUGCCGAUGCUGCGCUACGAGGCGUGGUGCCCGCUGACACUUGCGAUCGGGCCGCGGGUUGUGGUUCACUCCAAGAAGUGGCACGAGUCGUCCAAGGUUGAGAUCCUCUUUACGCCGCUCGGCAACUCGCCGCUGGAGCGCGACUUUCCGGUCAUCAACGUCGCGUUCCGCGGUUGCCCGGGUCAAGUCUCGCAGUAUUGGGCUCGGGGCGAGGUCUUUUCGUUCUGCGUGGUGGAUCCAGGCGUGCACUUUGGGCUCAUCCGGGUGCGGGAGCUGAUGGCGUCGCGCGAGCAGCACCUGCUGGACCAGAUUGUUGCACUUGCGCGACAGCAGGCGCCGCGCAACCCGCAUGUGGCCCUCGCAGCGGCAAUGGAGGAAGGGCACACGAUGGUGCCGAGCGGCCUGCUGCGCGGGCGGCUCAAGCCGGAGCUGGCAAGCUCGCUUGGGCGGACAGCCACAGAGCUGUCGGCGGCGUCACUAGUGGAUCUGUUCCGGAUGUCGGAUGCCAUAGAGCGGCCAUCACCGCAGAUGUUCAACGUGACGGUGGCAUCCGCGCUGGCUAGUCUGGGGCGGACGCGACGGCGUAAUGGACCGGCGCGUGAUGACGAUCUGUACGAGUCGAACUCGUCGGUAUCGCGGCUGCAGGGACGGGCGCUGCCUGUGGUACAGGACGAGGGUAACCACCUGUGCGCAACGACGCUCUCUGUCCUCCCUCCGGCACUGUCUGUGCAGAGGUGUGGAACGCAGGCGUCGCGUGGCGACGACAUUGACACGGCCUGGUCGGUUGGCAACUCAGCGAUGGCGUCGAUGGACGCAGCGUUGGCGUCAUGGACGCAAGCGCAAUGGAUGUCACAGCCGCUUGGCCGGCUGCCGCAGUCCGCGGUCGACUCGCCGACCAAUUCUGUGGUCAUCAAGUCAGAGUUUCUGGCUGUGCGGCGGCCGUCGCGGGCGUCGUCGACCGUGUCCAAGAUGACGGGCGACGACGGACGUGACGACUACCGCGAUGGGCUGUUUGAGAGCGUGUCUGCGUCGUCGAUUGUGACGGAGCAGUCGCUAGCGCGACCGGCCAUGCCAGCGACGCGGUCAAGCCAGCUGAUGCGCAAGGUUUUUGUGCUCGACGUCUCCGAGUCGAUGCAGGGCCUGCAAACGAUCCGCAAGUCGUCGUCGCAAAAGGUGCAAGUGAGGCGGGCAGAGAUGGCACGGGCGGACUUGCUUGCCGAGCUCGACAAGCUCCCUCUCGACGCGCAGUUUGAGGUUCUCAAGUUUGGCAACAAGGUCAUUCCGCUCUUCCACGGUCUCCAGUCGGUACGGUCGUCGCGGAUUUCGCGGGCGCGCAAGUUUGUGCUCUCGGCCAACACACCCGAUGAGAUCAACACGCUUGCGCCCAACUCGAACAUGUAUCUGGGACUCGAGACUGCGUUUGUGCACCCACAGUACGGCAAUGCCACCCACGUGGUGCUCUACACCGACGGCGAGCCCGAGCUGCGCGCCGGCGGCACCUCAACGCCGAUGUGCUCGUACCCUGUCGAGGUCCGAGCACUCAAGGAGGAGAUUGUGGCGCCGUCGACCAAGGAGCUCUUCUUUAACGGGCGCUCAGUCAUUGUUGAGAUCCGCCUGUAUGCGCCGCAAAAGGCCUCGGUCCCGUGGAUGGAAGAGUUUAUCGCGGGCACCUCACCCGAGUCGUGCGUCCGCGUCAUCGGUCCUAUCAUCGAGAAUGAGCUGCAUCCUCCGCGCGACUUUGCGAACAUCUAGGCUGCUAUGGUGCGAUAGUUAGUGGCGACGGCGGCGGUGGCCACGACCCUUAAACCGCUUGUUCUUCUU